CAAAUAAAAAAAUCAAUGCCUAUAGCUUGCUCCUCUCAUCAAACCUUCUUUAUUGUUUGGACCGGUCGGUUCACCGGUUCAACCGGUUGAACCGGUCAAACCGGGAACCGGACCUGAAAACGGUUCAAUGACCGGUCCGGUUUUGAAAACAUUGGUUCCACCCAUUAGGCCGGGUAUUGGGUCGGGUAACCGCCAACCCGGAACCUUUUCUAGACGACAUGAAAAGGUGAAAACAGUUCCGUUCCUCUUCCGAUCAAGGAAGCGAGCAGAAAACAAACUUGCGCAGAAUGAUCCAUUGAAGAUGGUCGGUGAGGAAAUAGUUGGUUUGGUACCGUUUUAUCAACUUGAUUCUGUUGGUAGAUGCUCUGGGGAUGAAUCUUGUUGUCAAACAUCGGCCGGAAAAUGCAAUCAUGUUGGAGUUCAUCAUGUUAAGUCUUCUCCUUCUCCUGUACUCUCCUGUGUAGAAACUGCCCCUCAAGGAGCAUAUAUUUCACGUAUUAAGGUUGCUGAUUCAGAUAAGCGACCCUAUGAUGAGCCAGGAGAUUGUAAAGUCCUACAAGAUGUACAUAUUUCAGUUCGAUUGAUGGAGGAUUUUAGUGAACUUGCCAAGGACAAUACAGAGAAGGAUCUGGAAACUUGUGGGGUUCUCGGUGCUUUUCUUGAAAAAGGGACAUUUUAUGUUACCACUCUGAUAAUACCUAAACAAGAAUCGACUUCAAAUUCUUGUCAGGCAAUAAAUGAGGAGGAAGUUUUUUCCAUACAAAAUGAAAGAUCCCUUUUGCCUGUGGGUUGGAUUCAUACACAUCCCACUCAAAGUUGUUUCCUGUCAUCAAUAGAUCUCCACACUCAAUUCUCAUAUCAGGUGAUGGUACCUGAGGCUUUUGCUAUUGUUGUGGCUCCAACUGAUAAUUCAAGGCAUUAUGGAAUAUUUCGGCUCUCUGAUCCAGGUGGAAUGGAUUUACUGAGAGAGUGCCAAGAGAACGGAUUUCAUGCCCACAAAGAAACAUCAGAUGGGAGCCCAAUCUAUGAGCACUGCUCUCAUGUCUACACAAACUCCAAUCUAAGGUUUGAAAUCUUUGACUUGCGCUAAAUAACUGUCACUAUCCUGAAAUGGCAUGGGCACAUGCAACAUGCAAACUCCACAACAGAGUUUGGUUGAUAAGUGAAGGGUUUGAAAUGGUGCUUCUUUAAGUUUAUGUCUGCAUUGCUUCAUAUUACUGUGAAUAUAGUCAUAACCCAUAAGAAGGGCAAAGACAGUGCACAUAUAAGUAAUUUAAUGGGAGCAACAGAUCAUUUGCCAUGCAUUUCAUUUUACAUGAAACAUGGAAUCUGUAACAUCUAGAAGAAAACCUAUUGUUCCCAUAAGUUGUAAAUAUGGUCAUUACUAUAUAGAAAAUUCUGCUUGAAAACAGUAAAGACGCUGCUCAAUUUCAAGACAUAUAUCCUUUUUCCUGAUUGAUAUCUUUAUGUAUCCCUAGGAAAAGCUUGGCCAACUCUAGGACAUAGAUUUUGGUGUGGAAAACAUUAUACUUAGAUUUUGAGAUUCUUUAAGAGUCUACAAACUCACUGCUAAUUUUAAGGCGCAAGUACUGAAAACAGCAAAUUAUUCCAUUGGAAAGUUUCCAGGAAGUGAAAAUUCUGUUGUGGUCCGUUUGGGAUAUUUAUAAAGGUCGGUUAGGGAUGGUCCAGUGUGAAUUUGAUCUGUGUUAGAGAAGUGCAGCAAAGCCAAAAAGGCUUUGGUAUUUUGCAGAGCUAGAGAAUAAAGUAGUGAACCCCACCCACUAACUCUUCGGAGAGUGUUCAACUGAAAAUGGAAUGCAAUGUGCUGUCCUGUGGAAAGUUGUCAUAAUCUUUAAAAGUUGAACCCUCUUCCCCCAUGGAAUGUCUAUAGGUAGAAGAAGCUACGAGGAGAGAAUGGUUCAAGAUAAGUUCAUAGAUUGGUCCGGCUGGCUUUGAUGUGCAUUGAAAUUUGUGUCUCUAUGUGUAUUGAAAGUUACACAAAAUACUGGUUUGAACAGAAAAUGGCUUCAAAUAUUGUCU